AUGACCUGUUGCAAGCAGAGUUUAAAGCGCACGGCCCCUAUACGCAGCGGCGGCAGCAAAAAUGAGCUGGUGCCUUCCAAACCGGCCCGCAUGAAUGGCUGGUCAUGGCCUCCCCAAGCUGCACAAGUCAUAGGCUGGCUUGUGUUCAUCUAUAUGGCCAUUGUAAGCUUCGGCAUCUAUACCCCUCUUCUGCCUCCUCCAUGGAGCCAUGUGCUCUAUGCACUUAUAGGAAUAGCAUUUAUUUUACAUUUCGUCUUUCACCUGGCAGCAGAGAUCAUAGACCCAGCCGAUGCCAGCGUGAGAGCCAAACAGACCUACUCCAACCCAAUGCCGCUGUUCGAUCGCACGAAGCAGCCGCAUGUCAUCCAGGACCUGCACUGUUACCUGUGCGACGUCAAAGUGGGUCCAAAGGUGAAACAUUGUGGCGUGUGCAACAAGUGUGUGACUGGUUUCGAUCAUCACUGUAAAUGGCUGAACAACUGUGUGGGAGGCCGAAACUACUGGUACUUUUUUGUUGCGUUGUGUUCUGCUACAUUUGGAACACUGUUGUUGUUUAUAGUCAUUUUAUUCAUAUUCAUCCAGCACUUUCUGGACCCAAACAACUUGAGGACUGCGCCACAAUUCAGUAACUUAAUGGCGAAUGAGACGUGGCUGGUGUUUUUGCCGGCCGCUCCUCUGCAGACCUCGUCGUCUGGUCUCCUGGCUGUGGCCUUCAUCACAGUUGUGUUGUGCCUCAUCAGUUUGCUGCUGCUCGGACAUCUCCUCGGCUUUCAUCUGUUCCUAUUGUACAAGGGGAUAAGUACAUAUGAUUAUAUAAAGAAGCAGCGGCAAAAAGAAGCCAGGAACAAAGACCUAGAGGUGGAAAAGUCCAACGAAAUGAAACAUCACAGCAAGACUACGAAGAGUCAAACAAACUCCAUUAACUGUGAACAUAACUCGGCCCCUAACUCAAGUGCAUGUGAAAAACUGUCAUUUGGAAGUCGCCUUUCGGAAUCAAUUUGCACAGAGUUGGAGAACUUCAAUACUCCCGCUGAAAAGGACAGUAUUCAUUAUGGCACCGACAAUUCUACAGAUUUAGGGGUACUGUCUGAAAGCAGAUUCUGGGGAGAGCCUCCACCCUUUGUCCCUGAUGUUUCUGAGCAUCUGCGGUCGGACAGUGUUCCCCAAAGUCAGGACGCUCUGGGCAGCUGCAUCAUGAUCCCCGAUGAGACCAGACUGCACCCAUAG